UGCAUAUGCUUCAAAAUUGAGGAUGAAGUUCAAUGAUGUUCUUGAAAGGAUGGUGCUUGACAUAAGUUUGGUGGAAAAGAUAAGUGACCAAGCCGAUCAAUAUGAUAAUUCAAGAAAUUCAUUUGGAAAGCAAUUAUCAAUUCGGCAAAGGAAAUCUAAGAGUCCACUUGAUUGGUGGGCUGCUUUUGGUGGCAAUACUAUUGAGCUAACAAUGUUUGCUAAAAGAGUUGUUGGCCUAUGUUGUUCCUCAUCCGGUUGCGAACGUAAUUGGAGCACCUUCGAGUUUAUUCACACCAAGAAAAGGAAUAGAUUGGAGCAUCAACGUUUGAAUGAUUUGGUGUAUAUACAAUACAACCGAAAAAUUGCAACAAGAUUCCAAAAGAGGCGUGAAGAUGGUAGGAAUUUUGAUCCUUUGCUUCUAGAUGAUUUUCAAUGGGAUAAUGAGUGGGUAAAUGGAGAAGUUGUUGAUCCCGGGGAUGAGGAGUUAUGGAUGGGUGUUGAUAGAGCAUUGGAUGCAACGGAAGGUAUGGAAGGACGUCGUAAUCCUCGAAGAGGUGGCACUGAGUUAAGUACUUAUAAUAGACGUGGGCGUGCUUCUACUUCACUUGUAGAUGAGGAUAAUGACAUAGAGGAAGAUCACAUUCCUAUCAUUUUAAAUGAUGAUGAGAACGUCGAUGAUGAUUAUGGACAAAGGCCAAGAACUUCUACUCGCGAAGAUGCUACUGAUUCGAAUACAAAUGAAGUCUUUGACCUUGAUGAUUAUGUUUAAUUAAUUGACUGCAUUGUUGUGUUUUUAUCUUGCUUUCUUUUAGGUCUUCUAGACUGUUACUAUGCACUUGUUAUUUUGCAUUCCACUUGCUGAACUAUUUAAAUUUCUGCCCAGUUUUUACAGUUCUGCAGUUC